UUUGCGCGCGCGCGCGCGCGGGGCGGGUUGUUGUCGGGCAAGGACAGGAGCGAAGAUGGAGUUCUUCAUCGGGAACCCGUACAGCACUCCUGUGGGGCAGUGCAUAGAGCGAGCCACAGACGGAUCCCUGCAGGCGGAAGACUGGACUCUGAAUAUGGAGAUAUGUGAUAUUAUUAAUGAGACUGAAGAAGGGCCAAAGGAUGCAAUUCGGGCCCUUAAAAAAAGACUGAGUGGGAACAAGAACUACCGGGAAGUGAUGCUUGCUUUAACAGUUCUGGAGACAUGCAUUAAGAACUGCGGUCAUCGUUUCCAUGUCCUUGUAGCCAGUCGUGACUUUAUUGAUGGUGUAUUGGUGAAAAUUGUCUUGCCUAAGAAUAAUCCACCAGCAAUUGUGCAGGAUAAAGUGCUUGGAUUGAUACAGGCUUGGGCUGAUGCUUUCAGGAGUAGCCCAGAUUUGACUGGAGUAGUUCAUAUUUAUGAAGAAUUAAAGAGAAAAGGGAUGGAGUUCCCAAUGGCAGAUCUGGAAGCACUGUCUCCAAUACAUACACCACAGAGAAGUAUUCCAAACCUUGAUACUGCAAUGAACAAAGCCACACCUCAGUCUCUGCAGAGACCGGCUUCUGCAAACUCUUUCCCGUCUGCGCCAUCUUCACUGAAUGUGUAUUCAGCAGCCCACGGCUUUCCGUCUGUGCACGUAACUGGACCGAUCACUCCAAAUACUGAACAGAUUGCCAGGUUGCGCUGCGAACUGGACGUUGUGCGGGGAAACACAAAGGUUAUGUCGGAGAUGCUGACUGAAAUGGUUCCAGGGCAGGAAGAUCAGUCAGACUUCGAGUUACUCCAGGAACUGAAUCAAACGUGUCGAGCAAUGCAGGCAAGGAUUGUAGAGCUUCUGUCCAGCGUGUCCAGCGAGGAGAUCACAGAGGAACUGUUGCACGUUAACGACGACCUGAACAAUGUCUUCCUUCGGUACGAAAGAUUUGAAAGGUACAGAUCAGGACGUGUGACUCAGAGCACAGAUAAUGGGGUAUUAGAUGAAGUCACGGACACAGAUAAUCUAAUAGACUUGGGCCCAGGGUCUCCUGCAGUUGUAAGCCCAAUGGUUGCAAAUACCACUGCCUCCUCUCUGUCCUCACAGCUUGCUGGACUAGACAUGGGUAAAGAGAGUGUUAGCGGGACCCUGAGCUCUUUGCCCAAUUGCAAUCCAAGCGAUCGAGACAUGGCAAAUUUUGAUAUGUUUGCGCAGACGAGAAGCAGUUCCCUUGCUGAUCAGCGCAAAAGGGUAACGUACGAGGAACCACAAGCUCUGGGGGGAGGCCUUGCACCCACCCUUGAUGUUCAGCAAAAUAAUGCAGCCGUGCAGAGCAUUAAACCUGGCAACUCAGACCUCGAGCCUAUAGACCAGUGGCUCAUGACGCAAGGAAUGAUUCCGGUCACACAGUCGUCUCUCAUGGAUGACAUUGAGGAAUGGCUCAGCACUGAUGUGAAGGGAGAUGACACAGAAGAAGGAGUUACGAGUGAAGAGUUCGAUAAAUUUUUGGAAGAAAGGGCAAAAGCUGCAGAAAGAGUCCCAAACCUGCCGACCCCUCCCUUGGGCAACUCCACUCCCCCCACAGUGCCCGCUGCAAACCGCAAGAAACCGGAUCGCUCUGAGGAUGCCCUCUUUGCUCUGUAAAUAAUCAGCGUGUCGUGUACAUGUGCGUGUGGGUCCCUUGUAUUGGGCAGAGUGAUGCUGUACAGUCUGCUAGAGUUUAUCCUCAGUGCCCAGCUGAGGACACUCUUAGUUCUUUGCUCCUAUCAUUCAAAAACAGCCUUAUUUUGUGUGCAUUCCUCUGUUACAAACUCAACAAAUCCUUUCGGUCUCCCCUUCACCCCACAACCAAUAGGUUUAAUGAUUUCUACAUUAUUGAGUAUUGUGUGUACCUUCAACUAUCCUUGCAACAUGUUCUACACAGUUCAAAGUUAUACAGUGGUUUAGAUCCACUUACCUCUGAGUUUAGAUACAUACUAUCCUGAAGCAUUAGCUUUCCAUUUGCCAACUUAUUUCACCUAGGAGAUUGUAUGAGGUAUUACCUGAUCCUGUGGGGGUAUCAGAUCCCAAAGGGAAGAUCGAACAACUGGUUAUUUUGGCAUUAAUAGAAACUGCUCACUUUUAAACUGUAAAAUUUUCAACAAGCAUGUCUUUUUUAAAAAAAAUAUCUCCUCAGUAAACUUCCUAGUUGCUCUGUCCAAACGUCAGUGCUGUGGGGACUUAGCGACUUGUACAGUACAGUGCAAUAGGUAGUAUGAAAGUUGUUGAGAGAACAUUAGUGGAAUUCUAAAGUUUAUUCUAAUCUAUAGUUGAUUGUACAAAGCUAUUCUGUUCCUGUAACCAUAACACAAAGAUGCACUGGGAAAAAUGCACUAACUGAGAGAUUAGUUUUGUGAAGUAGCCAAGAGAGUGAGAAAAUGCUGAACCAGAUUGUCCCACGCUGUGUGUUUGUGUUUUUAAGCUCUACUGUGCUGGAGUGUUGCAGGUGAUAAUGGCUUUACUAAAGUGUCCUAUGUUAUGAGCAGUGAAGAUACUGCUGGAAAGUACUUAUCAAUGGCGGCAAGUAUAUGGUGGGGAAAAAACAGAGAAACCACUUAGGAAGCAGGGUUUGACUAGAAAAUGAACCAUUUCCUGACAUAGGACUACAUAACCAGUGAAUGCCCGACAUGUGACUUGCCCAUUGAGGGUGUUUUAGGAUGGGAGUGGAAUUUCUGUUACUAUUUCCUUUUCAGGUUACAUGAACGGAACUCACAUUUAUGUCAUUUCUACCAUUCAAAGAUUUGACUGUUGCUUGAAUGAUGCUGCCAAGUGUGAAUUUCUCGCAGUGAGUAUUGGUGGAAUAUUUGAUCUAGGUUAAAUAAUCUUAUCCCAUUUUGCUAUAUCAAAUGCAAAGAUUAUUGGUGGUACUUCUAAUAUAAAUAUCUUUUCACAAGAAUUCAGGUCACCUUGGUUUGGGCUGAUUCCCUAUACACCACCCCCCACCCCGAACCUACAGUUCUAAAAGUUUGGUCAGACUGCAGACUUCCCGAUCACUUUUUUUCAUUACUCUCCAUUUACCUUUUUGUGGCACAACUUGUGGAGAAGGAACAAACUUAAGAAAGCGGAAGGAAGUAUAGUUGUGAGAGUAUAGUCCAGAGCUACUGGAUUGAGAGAAAGGUACAAUAGGCAUGUCUCUUGGAGCUAAAUGUGGGGAAUGUUAACUUUACUGACAGAUACAGUUUGAAUAACGUUUCUCCCAUUGAAAUGAAGUGUGGCGUCUCUUCAAUCUGUUCGCUCACCGUCGAUGAAUAGCUGUGUCGCAGUUGUGUGUUUCCUUCCCUGCGUAUCGUUGCUUCCCAUAAAAUGUCGUUUGCAGAAAAAAAUGGGGAAAUGAAGUGGAAAUCUAAGUGUGAAUUUUUAAAAAUAUAGUCUUGGAGAAGCAUUGCUCCCUCCAAUCUGUCUGAAAGGUUCAAUGGUAAAGGUAUUUGGAAAUUGCUCAGACAAUGUAUAGUUCGAUGGAGUCACUAUAAAAAUAACUUCUUCCAUUACCCAGUAACAAAAUGAAUACUUAGCUACGCAGAAAACAUGUAGGUCGAGUAGUAUAUACAGUAUGUAAUUGGUAAUCUGCCAGAUGUGUUGAUGUUCACAAAAAGUGACGUGCACAUGCAUUUAGCAACAAUGCAAGUUACGAUGUAAUAUUUCUAUCAAUAGGGUAAUCUGAUGUGAAACAAUAUUUUGUAGCUUUAAUCAAUGGUGUUAAUAACUAAUACUUCUCUGGUCAUCUUAAGGAUAUGUAACGUACUAUUGACCUUGUAGUAUUAUUAGUAACCUCAGCAAACAAGUGCAGUUACCAUGCUGUUAAACGUUUACAUGUUGUCGCACUCUUACUUGUAUCCUCCUGAAGUGUUGCCAUUUGCACACCACCAGUGCUUUAAAAAGGUCGUCCUCCCGAUUCCUGAACCACGGUUAAAGGACGUGCAUCUGAGAAACGAGGGUACAUAUCCAAGGUUCCACUUAUACAAGUCUUUAUAAUAGUGCAAUAGUAUGUUUCCAAAGCCAACCUGUGAAUUUGGAAACAAAAUAGGCUAUAUAUGAAAUGAGAUGUUUUCCUUUUUACAAUCCUCUCUGUUGGGAUACAUAGCUUUUGAGUUGGUACAUUCAUCUGCUUGUAAAUUCUCAGCUACCAUUAAGCCUCCUUAAAUAUAAGGAUUGCUCGCAUUGGAAAUAACUGUUAAUGAUGUUAGUUGGAUCUUUUAUUAAGUCUGGAUAUUUAUGUCUUACUUCAGCAAACUGAUAAUGUGGGAUAAACAUUGUAAAUAUGGGGCAUAAGGAUUUUGCUGAUGUCUUCCUAAUUGCAUUUAUGGAAGUGUGCAAAUUGAGCCUUGCUGUCUGCAGUCAGAUUUAUAGUUCAAAGUUUAUAACCUUUAAGAACUGCAACAUGACAGGGACUUGGUAUCACAGGGUUAGAAACUUUUGUCCAUUGUGCCUGUGUGUUAUUGACUCAUGCAGCAGAUUGGGUUGAAGUCUUUUAUCUUACAUUUUCUUUCAGUCUAAAGACAUUCUUCCAAAUAGUUGCUUCACAUGAUACUGCCAAAUUUGAAGUCCUUUUUAUUGAAAAAUUCUGAACUUGCGCUUGCUGCUUCAUCAGAUAAACAAACUGUCAAUUUUAUAAGAAAAUAAACUGUAAAUAAUCGUCUUUAUAUUUAAUGCAGGAAAUAGUUUAGAAGGGUCCAGGAGCUAAAGCACAGCAGCCAUUCAUGCGGAAAUACCUGCUGCUGUAUUCUUCUACUGAAUCGAUCAAUUUUUU